AAUUGAUAUCAUUUCUUACAUAUACUACCACCCCAUCAUUCUGAUUGCAUGUACCAUUAUUGUAAAGCGUAUCAUAACCAUCCAAACAGAACAAACAUACAUCAUUAACUUUCCAACUUUCUGUUAAUAUUACAACAUUACAAUAUCAAAUUUGUGUCUAAUUGUAGUCAGAAAGAAUUAAAACAGCCAAAAUUUUGGUUUAGGCGUCGCAUAUUCAUGUGAUAUAACUAACAUUGAAAUUAGAAUAUUCUAACCAUUUAUUAAGUGCAUUUGUGUAUUGAGCAAUAUUUGUAUUGAUAUAAUUAACCUGAAAAUUAUUUACGUAACUAUCCAUGUAAAAUUUUGCAAACGAUAUGUAGCUCGAAAGACGUAAAAAGGACUAAACACUCAAAACAUUACUCUGGAUGAAUACUGUUUUUGAAAAUAUAAAUACGACGGGCAUUUUUUGUUUGUGGGCGAGUAACCAACAUCAUUAUUCUUAGUAUGCUUAACGUUAUAGUUCAUACAGUUAGAACAUUUUAAAAUGUUUACAGUACAAAUUUCAAUUCUAUGUGCUUGUCCACAUUUAAUGCACAUUUCCGCGCCACUACAUUUUUUGUCUGUGUGACCGAACUUCAAGCAUUUCCUACACUGCGAUAUCUGGUUACUGUCAUAGAGAAAUAAGUUUUGCCAACCUAGUAGUAUUCUUGAUUUCUUGUUGAUAAGUAUGUCUCUAUAUAGCUCUCCAGAAACUUCAUCGAAUAAGUAUAAGAAUUUCGGAAUGGUAUGAGUCGCACUAAAGUGAUUUCGAUUUCGUUUUCAUUAAUGAAUGUAACCUCUGAUAUGAUUUCUUCUUUAAUUUCUGCUUCUGAAGGCUUUUUUUCAGUUUUGUAGCCUAUGAUUUUAAUUUUCGGUCUCAUUUCUCUUGCUCCUGAUAUAUUGUAUUUUCCCUUUAACUUAGUUUCUAGUUCAUUUUUCAGUUUCUGGUAAUAACAUUACUCAACUUGAAUUUCGACGCCGCCGUUUUUAUAGUUAUUUACUAUCUCUACCUUGACUUCAAUACUUGCUAGAUUAAUGUUACUAUUAGGUCUUUUCUGGUGUCAUUAUAAUAUUGGGUCCUUUCGGGAGUAACUAAUAUGGAUUUGAUGUCAUUGUUGUUCCUGUUGUUGAUUUUAGGAGUAUUUUGUUUCAAAAUUGGUGAGUAUCAUAUAUUCUCUGACGUUCUUUUCUCAAGUUGUUCUAGUUGAUCAGCAUAAGCGAUUAAAACGCUAAAACAAUAAGGAAGUUAUGAGCAAACUAUCUUUUAACGAUGCAACCUUGCCUUACCCAGGAUGGUUGAACAUUUUCAAGGAAAUUCUACUGAAAACUAGUACACCACGGCGAAAUCUAUCAAGUACUGAUCGUUGCAUUUCGCUGCCGGCGAAUUUAAUCCUGUUUUUCAUGUACGUCAGACAUGUGGACGUCACUAAGACCUUCCUCUUGUUACACAACUUGUAACAGUUGACAAUCAGUCCACAUACCUUUCAGUUUUCAGUCUCUAACAAGUCGUAAAACGUUCUAACUAAUGACAUUCACCGCUUAUCGCAAAUUAGUGCAAAUGUACACUGUACACAAAACAUAAAUAGAUGUUGUAAACGGUGGUUGAUUUGUUGACAAACCUGGAAGGAUGUGAUCAAGACAUUUUUUCAAAUAAUCCUUCAGUCGGCUUCUCCGUAAAGUGCUGGAAGCAUGCAGAAAAGCAUAGCGUACAUCAUACCUCAAGGGUUUUAUGAUGAUGAUAGGAAUGCUUUUCAUUUUCGAUUUGCUAAGCCUCCAGAAGACGUAACUUAUGAAGACGAAAUUGAUGGAGGAAGUACAGAAGAUGAGGCAGAUGAUGACGACUACCUUAAACCAAGAAGGCAGCACUGGUCAAACAAGCUUCAAUUUGUUCUAGCUUGCAUAGGUUAUAGUGUAGGCUUGGGCUCAAUAUGGAGGUUUCCGUACCUUUGCUACAAAAGUGGAGGAGCCGUUUUCCUGAUCCCUUACGCAAUAAUAAUGGUGUUCAUUGGCGGACCCAUGCUGUAUAUGGAAUUAGCAGUAGGGCAAUUCACUGGCAGGGGACCUAUUGGAGCGUUGGGACACCUGUGUCCCCUAUUCAAAGGUACCGGUCUAGGUAGCGUGGUAAUAUCGUUCCUUCUAUCAACGUAUUAUAGUGUAAUAAUAGCUUAUGGAGUAUACUACUUCUUCACCUCAUUCCGAGCAAAAAUUCCAUGGGAAGGGUGUGGUCAUACGUGGAAUACCAGAUACUGCUGGAUGCCAAAUUCCCAUACCAACCAGAGUAAGCCGCGAUAUACGCAGUCGCCAGCUGAAGAGUUCUACGACCGGAAAGUGCUACAAAUUAGUUCUGGAAUCGAAGAUUUCCUAGGUAUGAGAUGGGACUUGGUUGCGUGCCUCAUCUUCGCCUGGAUUUUGGUAUACUUUGCAAUUUGGAAGAGUAUAAAAUCUUCAGCCAAAGUUCGAUACUUCACUGCUACAUUCCCAUUCGUUAUAAUAGUAAUAUUGCUCAUAAAAUCGCUAACCUUGGAGGGAGCUGAUAGAGGAAUGAGGUACUUUUGGAGGCCAAAAUUUGAACUUCUCUUAGAUGCGAAGGUCUGGGUGAACGCAGCAAGUCAAACGUUCAACUCAAUGGGCUGCGCCUUUGGCUCGAUGAUUUGCUUUGCCAGCUACAACAAAUACAACAACAACAUCCUUCAAGAUACAAUAGCUGUUUGGCUUGUGAAUGGAAUCACUAGUCUAGUGGUCGGCGUGUUUGCCUUCGCUACCAUAGGUAACAUUGCUACUGAACAGGGAACGUCCAUAGAAGAUGUUAUAGAUGAUGGUCCCGGUUUGAUAUUUGUGGUCUACCCGCAAGCGAUGGCCAAAAUGCCCGCCAGCCAGUUGUGGGCAGUAUUCUUCUUCUUCAUGUUGAUAUGCCUGGCGCUGAACAGCCAAUUCGCCAUCGUUGAAGUGGUGGUGACGUCAAUUCAAGACGGCUUCCCUGGGUGGAUCAAGAAGCAUCUCAUGGGACACGAGAUACUAGUGCUGAUUAUUUGUAUUGUGUCUUUGCUAUGCGGCAUUCCAUGUGUUACCAAGGGUGGGAUAUACUUCUUCCAGCUGAUAGACCAUUACGCAGCGACGAUAUCCAUAAUGUACUUGGCGUUCUUCGAAGUGAUAGCUAUAACAUGGUUUUACGGAGCAUUCAAGUUGUGUAGAAACGUCAAAACCAUGACAGGCAGACACCCAGGGAUGUACAUCAAAUUUUGCUGGUUAAUAGCGACACCCUUGAUGAUAUUCGCCCUUUGGGUGUUUCUGAUUAUAGACUACGAACCACCAACUUACAACAAUGGGCGGUACCACUAUCCGGCAUGGGCGAUUGCUAUUGGCUGGGUUAUAGCAUCAUUGUCAAUAUUCUGUAUACCUAUUUACAUGAUGGUGGUCUUUCUGAAUGCCGAAGGCUCUAGCUUUAUGGAGAAAUUGAAGAACUCUAUUAGAUCCGAUCUGUUAGACAAGUGCCCAGAAUGCAGUCAGAUGGAUUGCGAGUGUGUUCUGAAAGAAAAUGAAGCCAGCCCAAUGCUGGUAGUACCCAAACCACAAGAGAUCAUCAAAGGGUCCACCAGACUGUACGAAAAUGCCCAGAACCCGCAAGGUGAUGGUAGUGUACAGAAACAAGACGAAGAUCCGUUUCCCAGUGAAAGAAAUGACAGCAUGACUCCUAGCGAGUAUGACAACUUGCACGAAGGAAGAAACGAAACUAAAUGAAUUUAACUUAUAACCACAUUCCAAUUGGCUCAAAAUGCGGAGGUAGCUCAAACUCUAGUAGGUUGAUAAUAUGUAUUAAAUUAUUAAGAUUGCAAGUGAAAAGACAUUUUACAAUUUUAUGUUUUUCUUCAAGAAAUAUUUCUUACCUUCACCACAGGUAUUAAAGUUUUGUUAUGAUCAUUUUCCUUGCUAUUCCGUUGUUUUUGUAUAGGAGGGCUGUCUGUAGGAAUUUUUAAUCCGUGAAGGUGAAGCUUUUAGAUCCUUGCUUUGAGAAGUUUCUCAUUCUUAAAUCAAUGUCCAAAUUUUUGUUGGUUAAGGAAGCCGAUAUCAGCUAUCUUUGCUUCUGCUCGGAUAAUUUUUUUUUCGAUGGUCCCAUCAGCAAGCGAAGCUAUGGCUCAUUUUCUUUUUCUUCAAUAUCUGGCCUAUAUUUAUGAUGCAGGAAAGGCUAGACGGCAAAGUACUUUUGCUGAUUUUAUGCUUAUAUUCGCUUACACAUACUCGAAACUGAAUUUAAGAUACUGGCACAAAAAUUUUGACACCUGAUUCCCCUUCAAUUUUCCAUGGCUGAAAGGAAUCAGAUACAGUAGAUGUUCGAGUAAGAAUAAGCCUACAAUCAGUAUCUAAUUGUACAGUUUGAAAAAAUAUUUUCCACCUCUUACUUCCUAAUAUUUCUAGUUUCUUGCGGUUUAACGUAAAUUUAUACUUACGAAAACGUAAUUCUCAAUACCAUCCUUAUAUGACUGUAGUAUUAUUAAAGUUCAAAUAGUAUACGUAUUAAUUAAAGAAAAACAUGAUCGAAAGUUCAAAGUAAUUGCUGUUGUUCCACUAUACCUAUAUAAUUAAACAUCAUCCUUAUUACCGUUAGUUGUGUAUAUCUACCAGAUGACAUGUGAUAUUUAAGAGAUAAGAUAUCGAGCAAUAAAUCCGAUAAUUGAAAGCAAGAAAGUUAA